AAACGGGGGGGCGGGAUGAGAUUUUAAAAUCUCACUGUGCACAACUCCGUUAGUGACUGUUGGCCGAAGGACGGCACGCAGCUGGUUUUAAGCAAUGGCCUCCCAGAAUAUGGAUCCUGCGGCAGCCUCGUCCACAGCGGCUUUAAAAGGAAACGAAACUGGCGGAAGUGUACCGAAAGGCUCCGUUUCGAAAAGGCUUCAACAAGAGCUGAUGACACUUAUGAUGUCUGGCGAUAAGGGAAUUUCAGCGUUUCCAGAGUCUGACAAUCUCUUUAAAUGGAUUGGCACAAUAGAUGGGGCACAAGGAACAGUAUAUGAAGGCUUGAGGUAUAAGCUGUCAUUGGAGUUUCCCAGUGGAUACCCUUACAAUGCCCCUCGAGUGAAAUUCAUCACUCCCUGCUUCCACCCAAAUGUUGAUGAGAAUGGGUUCAUCUGCUUAGACAUUUUAAAAGAGAAGUGGUCGGCUCUCUAUGAUGUUCGAUCCAUUCUGCUGUCUAUUCAGAGUUUACUUGGGGAGCCCAACAAUGAUAGUCCUAUGAACUCUGUUGCUGCUGAAUUAUGGGAUAACCAGGAAGCCUUCAAAGCCCAUUUGCACGCAACCUACAAGAAUUGACCCCCUGCAAUUUAACAUGCCUGCCUUUCCUUUCCCUUUUAUUUCUGUGUGUGACCUCACUUUUUUCUUGCUCAUAAUUAUGUAAAUUAAAACCUGUCUGUUUAAUGUACAGUAUUUGUAUGUUGAAUUUAACUUGUCUGAAUAAAAUGGCGUUCAGUAGUUGGA